CGCGCGGCGUCGGGCGACGCCUGUCCAGUCCCCGCAGCCUAGCGCGGGCGGCGGCGGGCGAUGGAGAGCAGAGCCCCGGGCCCCGCCGUCCUCCAGCGCGCUCCGCUGCAACCCUGCAGCUGAGCCAAGAGGCUCCGGCCCUGUGCGCCCUACCGCGGCCCCGCCACUAUGGCCGGCGUGUGGGCGCCGGAGCACUCGGUUGAAGCGCACAGCAACCAGUCAAGUGCUGCCGACGGCUGCGGCUCUGUGUCCGUGGCCUUCCCCAUCACCAUGAUGGUCACUGGCUUCGUGGGCAACGCGCUGGCCAUGUUGCUUGUGUCGCGCAGCUAUAGACGCCGGGAGAGCAAACGCAAAAAGUCUUUCCUGCUGUGCAUUGGCUGGCUGGCGCUCACCGACUUGGUGGGGCAGCUCCUGACCAGUCCGGUGGUCAUCCUCGUGUACCUGUCGCAGCGACGCUGGGAGCAGCUCGACCCAUCCGGGCGCCUGUGCACCUUCUUCGGGCUGACCAUGACAGUGUUUGGACUGUCCUCGCUCUUGGUGGCCAGCGCCAUGGCCGUGGAGCGCGCCCUGGCUAUCCGUGCGCCGCACUGGUAUGCCAGCCAUAUGAAGACUCGCGCCACGCGCGCGGUACUGCUGGGUGUGUGGCUGUCUGUGCUCGCCUUCGCGCUGCUGCCUGUGCUGGGCGUGGGCCGCUACAGCGUGCAGUGGCCGGGCACGUGGUGCUUCAUCAGCACCGGGCCGGCGGGCAACGAGACGGACUCUGCGCGGGAGCCGGGCAGCGUGGCCUUUGCCUCCGCCUUCGCCUGUCUGGGCUUGCUGGCUCUGGUGGUGACCUUUGCCUGCAACCUGGCGACCAUCAAAGCCCUGGUGUCCCGCUGCCGGGCCAAAGCCGCCGCCUCGCAGUCCAGCGCCCAGUGGGGCCGGAUCACCACGGAGACGGCCAUCCAGCUUAUGGGGAUCAUGUGUGUACUGUCCGUGUGCUGGUCGCCGCUAUUGAUAAUGAUGCUGAAAAUGAUCUUCAAUCAGAUGUCAGUUGAGCAAUGCAAGACGCAGAUGGGGAAGGAGAAGGAGUGCAAUUCCUUCCUAAUCGCCGUUCGCCUGGCUUCGCUGAACCAGAUCUUGGAUCCCUGGGUUUAUUUGCUGCUAAGAAAGAUCCUUCUUCGGAAGUUCUGCCAGAUCAGGGACCACACCAACUAUGCUUCCAGCUCUACCUCCUUGCCCUGCCCAGGCUCCUCAGUCCUGAUGUGGAGUGACCAGCUAGAAAGAUGAUGAACAACCUGAAGCGGACUUUCAUUGCAAUACCCACUUCCCUGAGUAUGAGAAUUUCUUCCCCCAGGGAAGGAUAACUGAAUCAUUUUGGAUUGUAUCUUCUUUCGGCCUCAUAUUUUAAGUUUUCCUUGCCAUUAAACACACCGAGACAAGCUUUCUUAUGAUAAUCUGAAAGUCUGGCCAUUAGCUGGUUCCUGUGAAGGACUCUGCACUUAAGAAGGGGGGCAAGACUGCAUAGAGCAGCAGAGAGAGACUCAGUGCAGAAGUGCCUCCAUCUCCAGCUUCCAGAACCUUUAUGGACAUGGAUACCUUCAUGUAUUUGAUAGUCUGCUUCUACUACAUAGAUCUGAAAAAGCAGCAUAGCUUUUUAACAGUGAAGCGCCAAUGUAUUGACAGCAAAUGUCCACCUAACAUGCCAUGAGCUGCACAAGAUAAAAAACCCUGCACGAGAGGGCAAGUGUUUUUCGCCAAGCAGCUGUAGGGCACCACAGAACUGUGUCCUUCUCAGUGAGACUGGGAAACAAGGUUUCUAACUUAAUUACUGGCCCCCCAGUAAUUCAGGAACCACGACAUGAUUUCUCCGUUUCUUAAAGGGAGAAGUUUAGCUAAAGACACAUUCCAGGUGUCACUAAUAGUUCCAAAGCUAGGUGACUAAGUGUUCAGUGAGAGCCGUUAAAAAGGAAAACCAGCUAAUCACCAUUCCAGUUCGAUGUUAUUUUUGAAUUACUAUCUACUUAAGAUUUCACAUAAUUUGUGCUCAGGUAGCACAAUCAAGAGGGGGGAGAGGGCAAAAUUACUAAGUGACAGUUAUUCUACAUCUAAGUCUGUGACUUUUUUUUAUGAAAUAAAAUGAUUUUGUCUGCAUUGAAAUAAUGGA